CAUAGCAGAGACCUGUUCCAGAUGGAUGUUGAUUCAUCUUUCUGCUGAAAUAACAAGGAGCGUUCUCCUGGAACUGAAGCUCAUGGAGCAGAUCGUGUCUUCAACUACAGCCUCAGUGGGGUCUGAAGAAAGCUCGUUUCUCCCGUUUGGACCAUCAAAGUCUCCAGACUCCACAGAAUGGGAGAUGAUCCAAACCAUCAUUCCCCCUUACAUCCUCGCCCUGUCGCUCUUAGGACUGCUCCUCAACAGCUUUGUCCUUGCGGUGUUUGUGGCCCACAAGGACCGACUGACUGUAGCAGAGAUAUAUCUGAGCAACCUGGCUCUGGCAGACUUCCUCCUCCUGUGCGGCCUCCCUUUCUGGGCGAUGUACAUCCUGGACGAGUUCAACUGGUCAUAUGGAGAUGCUUUAUGCAAGCUGACCACCUCCAAUAUAGUCAUCAACUUCUACACCAGCAUCUACAGCCUGGUCAUGAUCAGCGUUGAUCGGUACUUAGCCCUGGUGAAGACCAUGAAGGCCAGGUGGUUACGACGGACGCUGUACGCUAAGAUUAUGUGUUUCGUUCUGUGGCUGUUGGGUCUGUUUCUCAGUCUGCCCACCAUAAUUCACAGAAAGGUCAAGUUCUUUGAGGAAUACAAUACAACUUCCUGUAUUUUAGAUUACGCCCAUGGAAGUGCUUGGAAGCUUGCCCAUCAGAUUCUGAUGAACGUGUUGGGCUUCAUGCUUCCUAUCCUCUUCAUUGUUUUCAGCAGCUGGAACAUUAUCAGGGCUUUGGCUCGAAGGAAGGAAAAUGCAGCUUUUCAUGACUUCAACGAUGCAAAGGCUACGGUGCUUGUCUACGCUGUCACCCUGCUAUUUUUACUGUGCUGGGCCCCCUUCCAGGUUUUCACCCUCCUCGACACUCUCUGUGAUUUGGAAGUGUUGGACGUAGAGCUCUGGUCUCACACUCUGGACAUAGGCGGACAGGUUUCGGUGUAUCUGGCCUUUCUCAACAGCAUGCUGAACCCUCUGCUGUACGUCUUCUCUGGACAGUACUUUAGACGGAAGGUCUGCGCCAUCUACAGAAGGGCUAGACACCAGCGCAGAGGCUCAGACAUGACUACGUUCCAGCGUUCUGUGGUGUCCACAUAUGUCAACAGAACAGAGCAAAUAAGGCCUGUGGUGAUUUUCAGCCCUAAAGAUCAAAUAGGACGCUAAUGACAUCCCGUCCUGCAUAUGGAAGCCAAAGGAAGGAUGGCACAGCUGCUGAAACACUUAACCCAAUAAUUAUGCUGGUACCUGAUGAGCUAGCUUUGUGAGAUGAUUUAUUAUUCUGUACUUUGGGGAAAUGAUGGAUACAGACUCAUUUUUCAUGUUCACAGACUCAAAGACAUUUGUUUCCUGAACUGUGAACAUGCUUUAUUUAGCUAUUUGCUUUAUAUUUUUGGUUUUAUAGCUUGUAAUGGUUCAGAGGGGAACAUCUAAGGACAAAAUGGUCUUUUGUGUUCAUUCCACCUUCCACCUUCUGAUGGAGACAUAUUUAGGUUCUUGUUAGGUCGCAAAGUUAAGAGAGCAACAGAUCAGAACUGGGGCUGUAAACUAUGUUAGAUGACAAAUGUUACAAUAUCAGCAUGUGAAAAAUUACAUUUGCAAAUGAGUGCUUGGUUGCAAAUGUUAUGUGGACUAUUAUUUUUCAGUAGUGGUACAUUUAUGCUCUUCAUCCCAGAGUUUAGUUGCCAACAUGAUGAAUCUCACAGAGAGUGGUAGAGGCAACAUGUGUAAGAAUAAAAAAAGGUAAACUGAUUUAUUCCAGCUCUUCAAAUCAUUACAAAACUGAACAAAAAUAUUGCAGUUUGAUGUUUUUCCUCAAGGUGUGAGCACAUUUAGUUUUUUUGACUGCAUGGAAGGUUAGAACAUUAACAAUGGUUGAUCUUUUUUUUUUUUUUGAUCAGGGUCUUUUUUAUCAUUUUUUCUUA